AAUAUAUAUGCACUGUAAGGUUACAAUAACAUUCCUUAUGCAAGAAAAUAUUACUAUAAUUAGAUCCUGAAGGAAGAAAAAUCCAAUUUAUCUUAAAUGGCCGAUCCGCGGUUCCAACCACCAUACAACGAACCACCAUAUCCAUAUGGAUUACCACCACCACCACACUUAAGCGAACCACAAGGUCCAUAUCCAGCUCAACCAUAUUGGCAAGGAGGAGAUGGUUACCCAUAUGGAAAUUACAAUGAAAAUCCACAUUCUAACAGUAACAACAUUGGUGGUGAAGGUGGACGCAUGGAGAAUCAAUUCACUUCAUCAAGCUUUAGUGAUAAAAAAAUUCGUCAUGCAUUUAUUCGUAAAGUAUACUUUACUCUUAGUGUACAAUUAUUAUUCACAUUUGGAAUCGUCUGUAUUUUUUGCCUUGUUAAACCUGUGACGAAUUGGGUCCGCCGUAAUCCUUGGUUCUACUAUUUAGCCUAUGCAAUAUUUUUCGUAACGUAUUUAGUACUUGGCUGUAUUGUAAGUGUACGUAGAAGAUUCCCUGGGAAUUAUAUAUGCUUAACUGUAUUUACAUUGGCAUUAUCCUAUAUGGCUGGUUCGAUUGGUGCAUUCUACGGAGCUGAAGCAGCUUUAAUUUCUGUAGCACUGACAUUUGCUCUAUGCAUCUGCAUAACUCUGUUUGCAAUGCAAACACGUUUUGAUUUUACAAUGUGCUCUGGUUUUUUAUUUGUAUUUAGCUGUGUUGUUAUGCUUACUGGGAUUGCGAUCAUGAUUGUAUACUUUGUUUUGGGACCAAAUAAGAUUCUACAGGGUGUUUAUAGUGGUAUACUAACCCUAUUAUUUGGUUUGUAUUUGGCUUACGAUACACAACUAAUAAUGGGUGGAAGAGAAUUUGAACUUGAACCAGAAGAGUAUAUAUUUGGUGCAAUGCAACUUUAUGUGGAUGUUGUAUUCAUGUUUAUGGCUAUAGCUGGUAUUGCACGUGCAGCCUCGUGAAUUAUUGACUAAACCGAUGAAUCAAUACAAAAGCGUAUAUAUGAUAACCGAAACUUAUUAAUAUUAUUGCCAAAGGAUAUAAUUUUUCUUGUUUGAAAUUACACUGAUUAUUACGUAUACAGAAUAAGUAAUAUAAUCAAUAAUUUGAUAAUAAUCUAAACGAAAAACUAACAAAAGCAGAAACAGAUUAUCAUUAUUUUGUGAAUAUGUACGAAAUGUAAUCUAUUUUCUUUUUUGUUUUCUUUCAAUGUGUCUUUAUUGCAGUUUAUUGACUUGAACCAUGUACGAAUUUCGAAAAACAAACUGUUUGAUCGAAAUCAACACUAAACUUGAUGAAAUAUUCGUAUCCUAAGUAUUUCUUAUUCAAUAUAAGUGCGUAAAUCAUAUUUGAAAUAUCAAUAAUAAAUAAAAUUGGGUAUUGAAUUCCUUCAUACAGUAUUCUUUUCUUAUUUUGUGCAACACGAAAAU